UGUGUAUAAAGUGAAACUAUUGCUUAAAACUUUAGUGUGCAUAAUUAGAUUGUACUGUUGGAAUUAGUGUUCUAGUGUUUGCGUAUGAAGUUAGCUCUUCUAGGAUGGAUUCAGAUUCGGAAUUGCACGCUACAGACACUCUUCGGUUCGAUUCCGAAUCGGAUGAGGAUUUGAAAAAUCCCGAUUUAUCUCCAAGUGAUAAAAACGUUGGAAAAGAUCAGGGAGAUUUGCAAAGCACAACUGCACAUCAAGGAGAUGACGAAGAAAUGAUUAAUGCGAGCAAUCGUAAUGCAAAGAAAACAAGCAAGAUCGUUGAUAGCGAUUCCGACGAAGAAAAGACGACGCUGCCGAAUGCAGAUACAUCUCGUUCCGGAAAGUCACCAACAAAUUUGGUUGAUAGGCUUAAAUCAUUGCUUGAUUCUGAAUCAGACUCAGAUUCGGAGACUGUUGGAAAAGAAUUUAAAAAAUCUAACAUUGAAGAUGGAUUGAAAAAGAACCGGAACAGCAAGAAAACGCAGAGCGUUCUGUCUGACUCUGAGGAAGAGGAAAUUUCGAAACCAACUCGAUCAAAACCAGCUCGUAAAAAACGGGUAGAAAAACACAAGAUUGUGACUAAAAUCAAUACCGCUCAAGAUAUACUUGCUAGUUUGCAACUGAGAUUCAGUGAUGAAGACAGUGAUGCACCAAAACACGACGAAAGGAUGGGGGAAUCAUCCUCUGAAGAAGACGUGAAUGAUAAAAUUGCUCACGAAGGAAGGCACCGAAAAAAGAUGACUGUCCACGAAGCGAUGGAAGAGCGGCGAGUUAUUCAAAGCGAAACGCAACGUAUGAAACGUGAAAUGGCUGUUGAAGUUCCGUAUCAUCGCGCUAGAGAACGCACGUUCGAAGAAUUUCUUUCACGCAAAGCGGUGCGCCGAGGACAGACAUCGAAUGGUUUUUGUGAACGAACUAAAAUGCGCGAUAUGUCGUUGAAAAUGACACCGGAACAGCUGGAGGCGUUUUCACAGCAACUGAAGGAACUGGAAGAGGAAUCCAAAGCGUUCUACAAGUCUGAAAGUGACUCAUCGGAGGACGAGCCACCGGAUCUUCCUCUGAUUGAAAAGGCAUCGAAUGCCUCUGAAAGCGCGAUUACAUUGAACACAAAUCGCGAGAUAAACCAUGAGCCCGAACCGCAAGAGGCAAUCGAACCAUCUAAACCAGAAAACAGUUCUCCUGGUGAGGAAUUAAAAUUGUUAUGCGUCGAUACAGACGAGAAACAUCAAGACGCCCAAGAAAUGGUCACACAAUUCACAGUAGAAGAUACGCAGAAUAGUUCAAAUGCGCCACAGGAAACAGAAAACAAGGAAGUUGAACAGCAACGGGAAAUUGACUACGACAUCGCCUUCGAACAGCAGACUGAAUCCAGUGUAUCUAGCAAGAAAAAAUCUUUACUUUCAACGCUGGAUCUCCCUCCUUGUCCCAGGUUGAGUGGACAACCGGGGCUAGUAAUCGAUCUCGAGGGUGGUGACAUACAGCUGAGCGAACCCUUGGGUAUUGAUAUUCUUUUCAAAAGACUGGAAAAAUGUGGCGGUGGUAAGAAAGAGACGUCGAAGCUAAAUUCUGUUAGUAUUUUAAAUACUGAUAGCGGAAUUGUAAAGCUCGAUGUGGUACCGGUCCUGGCGAACGAAGAGCGGCAAGUUACUACUAAAGAGCCAAUUCCCGGUGCGGCUUUUAUGAAAGUGCAGCAUGUGCUAAAGGAGCAAAUUAUCAACGAGCGGCUUGAGAGCAUAAAAAAGCGAGAAGAAGAGUACGCUAAAAAGCUGGAAAUGGAGAGGGCAGAAAAGGCUGAAACUGAUGAUGAAGAAGAGGAACUAUUGGAGGAUGAUGAUGAAGCUGGAUCAUCUGAAAAUGAAGAUGAAUGCAUGUCUAUUGUUGCAUCCGUUAUGGAAGAAAAUAAUGACGAAGGAGAUGAUGGGGAAUCAUUGCUUCAUACAAGCAGCUCGGAGGAUGAGGAUGAUGAUGAUCCUGAUGAUGGAGUGGAGAAAAAGAGCUCUAAAAAGGGUAGAAUUAUUAGGGCUUUUCAGGACUCUGAUGAUGAAUCAAAUGGAAACCAUGCUAGCGCAGGGCAUGGGCUUCUGGUAGAGAAUAAGAAAGAAGAUCCAUCAUCAGAAGAUUUGCGAGGAGAGGAUGACGACAAAGUUGUUUUGUUGUGGAAAGAGGAUGAAGAUGAUCCGAGAAAAAAGGAAGCGGAAGACGAGGAUUUAAUGGCUCUAUGCUCGGGCCAAUUUGUCACACAGUGUCCGUCGACUGAAUAUAAAUCUCCAUCCAACGGUUGUGCAAUAUCUACAACACAGAUGAAUGAUGUUGGUGGCGCUCUUUACACACAAGAUGAUGCGCAACCUGUUGCCGAUUCACAGCUAAUGGAACUCUGUUCGGGACGUUUCGAGACACAACCUGACUUGCAGAAUAGUAUAUCCGUUCAAAAGUUGGAUGCGUCAGUGGAUCGCCGUUCUCCUAUUUCCUCAGAAUCAACGCAUGCUACCGGCACACCUGUUUUGGCGGGAAGAAUACUUUGUCUUCAGUCAACGGAUGAUGAGGCGGAUCAGUCGAACCGCAAUGAUCGCGUGAAGCGGGUAAGAAAACGUAAGAAGAAGCAUGUUAACUUAUCGGACGAUGAAAAAAGCGAUGAUUGCGAUGAAGCACCAAAACCGACAUUGCAUGAAGAAAGACAAGAAGAGGAUAGAGAAGAUGAGAAUGAGGAAACGGACGAUGAAGAAUCUACAAAGGGGGCAAACGAAGAGAUAACCAAGUGCAUUGAAUACGAUUCCGAAGAGAAUGAGUUGGAAGUAGUGCUAUCAAAGAAAGACAAAUCAAGAAUAGCGAAAAAUUUCGUAGAAAAUGAAGCUGAGCUUUCAGAAUCGGAUUGGGGCAGUGCCGAUGAAGAUGAGAAGGGUCUGGAUCGAUACGACAUCGAUGUAGCCGAUGAAGAACAAUUUGAUCAACGACAGCUGCAGCGAGAACUGGAAAAGAUACAUAACCGGCAAAUGCUAGACCAGGACAAUCGGGAAGUUGAACAGUUGAAGGAUCUCUUCCUCGAGGACGAAGAAAAAGAGGCGGGCAGAAUAAGACAGUUUCGAUGGAAAAAUGUAGAAAAAACCUUCAACCUGGAUUAUGACAAACAAGCACAAGACCCUGAACAGAGCCAAGAAAAUGGGGAUGACAGCGAUGAAGAAACAGAAAUUCUAUGGCGAAAAAUGCGACAUGAACGAACCAUGCUGUUGAAGGAGAAGAAAGUGGAGCUAAGCGAAACAGAUGAGUAUGAGACAACGCUUCUGAGCUCGGUAAAUACUACGACGUUAAUUGAGGGUCAAGAAAAUAAUCAAUCGCUAGGCAAUGUGACUGCGAUUGGUAAAAGGAGACUGACAAUCAUCAAAAAGCGUGUGGCAACGAGUGUAGCACCAACGAAAGAGGAAGUUCCCUUCUUAAUAUCGAAUUCCAGCAUUGCACAGGGCCAUAAAGCAUCAUUUCUGUCGCGUGAUGAAGAAACGCUUUCCAAAAUUGCUACUUUGUCAAAAGCCAAUCCGGAUGUCGAAGGAAGUAGCACCGCCUUGGCGGCCAAGAGUCGUAAUUUUGUAUUUGCCGCCUUAAAUCCGACAGUUGAAACGGGCUCGAAACGACCGCUCGAUUCUGAAGAGACGGAGGAAAAAAAGGAUAUAAAAAGGUUAAAAAGCAACGAGCCGAAAAAGAAGUUGAAAUUAGAUUCAUUAAUGUGAAGUUGAGUGCAGUAAAGCUGCUUUGCAAAUAUACUAUUCCACCGGAGUGCGGUAAACCACUUUGCUUCCAAGUCCAUUUUUUUGUGGAAAAUUUCGACCCUUUGGUAACGGAACGAAGAGAAAUUGA